UCUCCUGUCUCCAGACCUCACUCUGGGUCACAGUGGUUGGGUGUUGCCACGCUCCUGGUCCUGGUCCCCUUUCCCAAACCAAAGCACACACCUGCAAGCUUCAAACAAGAGCCAGAUCUUCUCCACACAUCGAAGCCCUGCGAUGGAUCAGCACAAGUACCGCACGGCGGGGGUCCAGGAGAAGCUGGAGAUCAUCGGGGUGGAGGACGCGGACGGGAACCCCAUCAGCGCCCUGACCAUCCUGUCUCUGCUGGAGCGUGUGGCGGGCAUCAUCGACAACGUGCAGUCCUGCCAGCAGCGUAUGGAGGAGCGCCAGCUGGACCUGGAGAACAACAUCAAGAACAUCCAGGGCGACGUCCUCAAACUGGCCAAGGACCACAAUGACACCAGCGGCACGGUGGAGAAGCUCCUGCAGAAGACCCGGAAGGUCAGCGCCAAUGUCAAGGAGGUGCGGACGCGCGUCGAGAAGCAAAAUGUCCGUGUCAAGAAGGUUGAAUCCACGCAGGACGAGCUGCUCACCCGCAACAAGUUCCGCGUCGUCAUCUAUCAGGGGGAGGCUGAGGUCCCAUCAGUCGCCGUCACCAAGUCUCCCAAAGGAGGUGGCCUGGACGGGCUGGAGAUCGAGCCUGACUCCUACGACGUCCCGCUGGACCUCUCCUCCGACGAGGAAUACCUGAGUGUGGAGGAGGCGGACCCCUCGCGAGCCGCACGCAUCAAGAAGUCGAUGGUGAAGAGCACGGAGACCUUGAAGGCCGCCUUCUCCAAGGAAAAAAUGAGCAAAACCAAAGACAACCUGGGCACCAAGUUCCACAACCUGGGCGAGAAGGUGCUGCCGCCCGAGCGGAGGGACAAGAUGCAUCAAGCCGGUGAGCGCCUGAAGCAGUCUGGAGAGCGCCUGAAGGAGAACAUCGCCAAGAAAGCUCCCAACAAAGAGACCUUCCGCAUCAAGCUGAAGAAGGAGAGAGCCGUGGCGGAGGGCCAGGAGGGCGCCGAGCCUGAGGCCGAGGCCGACGCACCGGACGCCGAGAAGCCGGUCGCCUACACCGAGGUUGCAAUGGAAACCAAGAGGGAGGGGCCUGUGGAGGAGGCGGGCGCCACCAGGAUAGGAGAAGAGGAUUACAGGAAGUAGAGAAAAGGCAGGACACAAUGCAGAGGAAAAGAAAGUCUGUGAUGGGUCGACAUCGAAGAGGAACAUUUCUAUUUUCUAGAAUAUAUUAAAGGUUUUUGAGAUGAGAAUCGGUGCUGACACCAAAGACUCUGAUUAUGGACUCGUUCUUAAUAAAUCUAUUUCAGGGUGUUGAUCCAAGUCCAGUUUCUCCGUCAGAUGUUAUCUGUUAUGUGAGAAUCUUUAUUUAAGAUGAAGAAAAUAAGGUUUGUUUGACUAAUUUGCGAGUCCAAGUUU